GGGAAAAGGAGGCACGAAUGAGAAGCUGAAGCUGGAACUUAACUUCAAAUGUGGCUGAGCUGAGUCACUCCACCACACAGAGCCAUGGAGCUGAGCUUGGAAGCCUUUUCUUUUUCCAUGACUGGAUUUCUCUCUUGCCAUUGGCCAGUCUGAGUGACUAACAACUACUUCCAGUUUUAGGUUUGGAAAAUUAGCACUUUGGUAAGGCAAAAAGGCAGUGUUAAAACACAGCGUGCUUGUUUCUUUUCGACAAACAGGAGCACAAAAACAGGUUGGAUUUUCAGGCAUAAGACUUUAAUUAACUCAAACAUUGCUUGCAUUUGUUUAUUGAUUAUAAUCUGACGCUGCUACCGGAACCACGUAAAGAAGUGUUGCAUGCUAUACUGAAGUCUAACUAUGAGCAGGCAAGUUUCUCUAGCACUUCCUACUCACUAUAUUCUGGAUAACUUCACCUGUGACUUGCAGUAAAUGGAGCAGCCCGAAGCCAUCCUGGAAAUUUUUAGGAACCUCUCUGGGGGAGAAACUGAAGACAUGAUGCAGGAAGAUAUCAGUGGUGAUCUGAAGAAAAAUGGGGAUGUGGACUUUACAGAUGCUCUCGAGCAUUCUAGUGAUUUUUUGUCAUAUGUUUUAUUGCCUCAUGCAGGGGAAAAGACCUCUAACUCACUGGGAAAUUCAAGCUUGAGGGAAAAAGGAAAUGACUCAGACAUAACAGAGGAGGAGAGGAGUCAUUAUAAAGUAACCGAGCAGCAAAGCGUGGCUGUAAAUACUGAAAAAGGCCUCGAGAAACAGAGCUUUACAACAAAUCAUGACCAGAAUAACCUGUCAGAUGAACACAAAGUUAAUGGCUGCAGCAAAGAGGGUUGUCACAUAUCACAGAAUCCACUGGAUGAAUGGGCCUUAAAUGAAACUCUGCAGACAAAUUGUCAACACAUUUCAAUUGACUGCAUGGAUACUGAUGGUGAUUGUGUUGUAUCCAUCAGUGACACGCAGGAUACUGAAAACAGCAAUGAAAAUGCUCAAAGGGAACACUGCCAGGAAGAUUCUGAUACAAUUACUUCCACUUCAGACAUGGAUUUUGAUCCACAGCAAUGUGGAAACACUGGGCCAUUGAAAAGUAAACAUGUAGUGAUAACUGUGACUCGAACAGGACCCGCCGUUGAAGAGCUGGAACAGAUCAUGGAUAAAGCUGAAGAGGAGGAGACAAGAGAUGCAAAUUCAGAGACUCCCAGCUCCCCCCACCAUCCUCCCAGCCGAAAGGAUAAUUUGCCAGAGAUGACAAUAAAAUCUGCAACUAAUAAUCCUCCACCUGGCUCCACCUUCAGCAGAGCCACCUUCUCCCCGAGCUCCCCCACAGACAAGCAGAUCCAGGUCCCGGCUCUCUUCAGCAGCCUUAGGGUCCUAAGGAAGGGGAUCGUUGGACCAGAGCAUGACACCAUGGCCCACAUUAAGCCAUCUCCUGCGGGAGGACGAGGGGCAGAUUUCACAGAGAAGCAGAAGGACACCAAAGUUCCAGGGAGCCUCUUGGACCAGAUCUCUCAUUUUCUGAGUCGGGAAAAGAGAGGAGAUGAGAAAGACGAGAAGGAGGUGUUGGAGGCUGCGGGAGACCAGAAUGAAACCGGGGUGAAUGGAAGUGAAGAUAGCCAAGAGGAGGAGAAGAAAGAACCAGAAACAAAUAAAAAUACAGAAGUUUCAGAAUCAUGCGAACUUACAAAACCUUCCAUGUCCAGUGCAGAGGCAGCUUUUGAUGCCUUCAAGGCCUUCUUCACACCAAAGCCUUUAAAAAAGGACCCAGGAGAUAAAGUUGUCCUGGAGGCAUUGAGGAAGAAGAUAAGAAAUGAUAAAGAUGUACUUAAAACACUUUUUGAGAGAAGCUCAAGUAAGACUCCUGAGAAGGACCCACCUGAUGACAAAUCAGAGAGCCCAGGAGAAGGAGAGGAUCGAACUCCUGGUCGUCUACAGGCUGUGUGGCCACCUCUUAAGGAAGAAAAAGUUGGGCUAAAGUACACAGAAGCAGAGCACCAGGCUGCUCUCCUGCAGCUGAAGAGAGAAUGCAAAGAGGAGCUGGAGAAGUUAAAGGGGGACUAUGAUCAGGAACUCUCCAGACUGAGGUUUGAAAAGGAUGAAAAUGUUGCACGUCUGGAGUUCAGUCUUGCUGAGCUGCAGGCCAAACUCUCCCAGGUUGGGACCCACUGUCAAGGGGAACUUAAAGAUAUGGCUGUGUCUACAGCAGAUCACAUUGUGGACAAAUCAUUUCGCACCGUCUGCAUUCAAACCGACCGGGAGACAUUUGUCAAAACUGCUCAGGAUGAAGAAGGUUCCGGGAGAACCUGUACAUGCUCUCAGCAGCAGAAGGUGGCCCCCAAAAAGUUGGACCUUGCUUUCAUCGAAGGCACACUGUCCUCCUCCUCUUCACUUGUAACUCCUUGUAGCUCAGAACAACCACCAGCUCCUUCUCAGACAGCAUCACCAGCUAAAUCAGAUGUUUUUCCUUCUCCUCCUCCUCCUCCACCUCCACCACCACUACCUCCACCAUGUUCAUCUUCACCUGUUAACCACAUGCAGCCAUCAAAUGACCCUCCACUGCCCCCACCUCCACCUCCUCCACCCACGCAAGGGUUAUCGCUCCCUCCACCUCCUCCUCCUCCAGCAUUGGGUCUUGUAGUUGAAAAACCUCCCAGGAAACCGGCAGUGGAGCCUUCCCGACCCAUGAAGCCUCUUUACUGGAACAGAAUCCAGAUCCAGGACAACAAUAACAGCACAUUAUGGAAUAUUCUGGAAGAGCCAAACUUAACUGAUGCCAGUAAGUUUGAAGAUCUCUUUGCUAAAACCACCAUGCAGACAAAGAGGAAACCGCUGUCAGAGACUUAUGAGAAAAAAGCAAAGCCUAAGAAGAUCAUUAAACUGUUGGAUGGUAAACGCUCUUACGCUGUGGGCAUCCUCAUAUCAAGCCUCCACCUUGAGAUGAAAGAUAUUCAGCAAGCUGUACUGACAGUGGAUCACUCUGUGGUGGACCUGGAGACCAUUGAAGCGCUGUAUGAAAAUAGAGCACAGCCGGAGGAGCUGGAGAGGAUCAGGAAACACUACGAGACGUCAGAAGAAGAGGAUGUUAAGCUGCUGGACAAACCUGAGCAGUUCCUGUAUGAACUAUCUCAGAUUCCGGACUUCGCAGGCAGAGCUUGCUGUGUCAUCUUCCAGUCAGCCUUCAUCGAUGGGAUCACCUCGAUUCAACGCAAGCUCAACACUGUCUCCCAUGUCUGUAAGGCUCUGCUGGAGAGCGACAGUGUCAGGAAGGUGAUGGGACUGGUGUUGGCUCUUGGGAACCACAUGAAUGGAGGAAGCAGGAUUAGAGGCCAGGCUGACGGCUUUGGCCUGGAAAUCCUUCCAAAACUCAAAGAUGUAAAGAGCAGGGACAAUCGCAUCAGCCUGGUGGAUUACGUGGUGUCAUAUUACUUGCACAAUGUGGACAAGAAUGCAGGAACAGAGAAGAGUAUGUUCCCUCUUCCUGAACCGCAGGACGUCUUCCUGGCAGCGCAGGUCAAGUUUGAUGACCUCAACAGAGAUCUGAGACAUCUUGGACGAGAUCUGACAAGGUGCGAGAAAGACGUACAGAAGGUUUGCUCUGACUCUCCUGAAGAAUACCUGCAGCCAUUUAAAGACAAGAUGGAGGCUUUCGUGCUCAGUGCACGAAAAGAGCACACUGAAGCUUCUUAUCAGAUGAUGACUGUACAAAAAAGUUUCGAGGACUUGAUCCUGUACUUUGGCCUAAAGCCUAAGACGGGAGAGACGGAGGUGACAACUGGCUAUUUCUUCAUGCUCUGGUUUGAGUUUUGUGCCGACUUCAAGACCAGGUGGAAAAGGGAGAACAAGAAUAUCUCUAAAGAGAGGUUAAAAGAGGCUCAGCAGUCAGUGAAGAGGAUUACCGGAGAGAAGAAGGUGGAGACGAGAAAGAUCAACCCCAGCAGCCUGAAAGAGCGACUGCGUCAGAAAGAAGCCAGCAUAUCUUCAACUUAAAGAAACCAAAAAAAUGUUCAUAUCCAAAUCAUUCUAACCACCGGAUAAUGUCCCCACAAAGCUGGAUCCAACAGGAUGUGAGCAACGGUACCA